AUGCAGGGACCUCUUGUUACAUAUACUACGACCGCAUCAAGUGGAAAUGGAGAUGUCGUUGCCUGGACUAAAUACAUCAGAUACAAAAAGGUCACAUCGGCAACCGCAGGUAUAUUCAUUUCUAAUGAUGUUCAGAGAAGACGUCGUAUAGAAGUCAAGUUCUUCAAACAGACGCUUUGCCAAAAUGGAGUGUUUUUGCUGGCUUUUGUCGACUAUCAUUUCAUAAGUCCAGUGUUCACUAAUCGGUGGUUCGUAAUAAUGAAUACCACGUUUGUCUGGCUGCUAUUACACGCUCUUGACGGGUAA